AUGAAUACGGAAAAGAAAAUUUCUUUAGAACAAGUUGAACAAGUAGAUUCGUCACUUGAAAAGCAAUCAUCAAAGUAUGAGUUGACUUUACCAGAAUCUCUUCAAGGUUUAAGUGAAGAAGAAUUUGAAAAAUUAGCGAAGGCCACAAGAAAGAAAAUCGACAUGCGUAUUUUGCCUAUGAUUGUUUUCAUUUAUAUCUUAAAUUAUUUGGAUAGAAACAAUAUUGCAACUGCUAGAUUGGGAGGGUUAGAAACUGAUUUGGGGCUUCAUGGUAGUCAAUAUCAAACAUGUAUCUCUAUUUUAUUCGUUGGUUAUAUUUUGAUGCAAAUUCCUGCAAAUAUGAUUAUGAACAAAUUUGCCAGACCAUCUGUGUUUUUGACUAUUAUCAUGACCUGUUGGGGUGUUGUCUCAUGUUGUUGUGGUGCAGUCCAUUCAUAUGGAGGGUUAUUGGCCGUAAGAAUCUUAUUAGGUAUAAUUGAAGCAGGUUUCUUCCCAGCCGCAUUAUUUUACCUUUCUUGCUGGUACUCAAGAAAAGAAUUGGCAUUGAGAACUUCUAUAUUGUACUCAGGAUCUUUAAUCUCUGGUGCAUUUGCUGGUUUAAUCGGUGCAGGUAUCAUUAACGGUAUGGAUGGUAUGAGAGGAAUGAGAGCAUGGAGAUGGUUAUUUAUUAUUGAAGGUGCUAUUACCGUGGCUACCGUGCCAUUGGCUUACUUCAUCUUACCUGACAUGCCUCAAAACACGAAAUCCUUAUCACAACAAGAAAAAGACAUUAUUAUGUGGAAAUUAAAGGUUGAAGUUGGACAGGCUGAUUCUGAUCUGGAAAAUUCUGAAAAGGCCUACAGAGGAGCUAUGAAAUUGGCGUUCACUGACAUAAAAGUAUGGUCUGUUACAGGAAUCUUAUCAUUUUUGGUUGCAGCAUGUGGUGUUACCAACUUCUUCCCUUCAGUCGUGGAAACCUUGAACUUCAAUAGAAUUACCACUUUGUGUUUAACCGCCCCACCUUACCUUAUUGCCGUUGUUGCAACUUUCAUUUGGGCCAGACAUGCUGAUAAAACUGGUGAAAGAUUCUGGCAUGUGGUAGGCCCCUUAUUCAUAUCUUUGAUUUCAUUUAUCAUAGCUGCAGCUACUAUGAAUACUGGUGCUCGUUAUUUUGCUAUGUGUAUUAUGAUUCCAUCAUUGUACUGUUCCUUCACAACCAUUUUGUCAUGGAUGUCUAACUGUGUUCCAAGACCACCAAUGAAGAGAGCCGUCGCAUUAGCUUUGAUGAAUUGUCUUUCCAAUUCAACCUCUAUUUGGAACUCUUACUUGUACCCAUCAAGUGAUGCUCCACAAUAUCUUGUUGCAUUCUGUUGCAACUGUGCAUUUAUCUUGUGUGCCAUUCUCUUGGCUGUUUUCUUAAGAUUUUACCUUGUGAGAUUGAACAAAAAGAUUGAAGAUGGUAGCAUGAAUUGGGAACGUGAAUUAGGAAAGGGUAAUGAUGGGUCCAAAAUCUCUCCAGAAUUUAGAUACCUUUUUUAA